AUGGAUGCUGCGGGAAGGGGCUGCCAUUUGCCGCCCCUGCCAGCGGCGCGCGGAGCGGCUCGCUCUCCCGCAGUGGCGGCCGGCCCCCGCGACGCCGCCGCCUGGGCUCGGUCCGCGGCCGCCGCAGCGGUCGCCAUGAACCCCGGCUCCGCGGCGGGAGAGGACGAGGGCGCGCCGGGCGGCGGCGGCGGCGGCGGCGGGAGCUGCUGCCUGGGCGCCGAGGGCGGCGCGGAGCCGCGGGGCGCGGGGGCAGCGGCGGCGCUGGGGGCCGCCGCCCUGGAGGAGCCCGCGGCCGGCGGCCCGAAGGAGAAGGACGAGGCGCUGGAGGAGAAGCUGCGGAACUUAACUUUCCGGAAGCAGGUGUCUUACAGGAAAGCAAUCUCCCGGGCAGGCCUGCAACACCUGGCUCCUGCACAUCCCCUCAGCCUUCCUGUGGCAAAUGGUCCAGCAAAGGAGCCCAGAGCGACUCUGGACUGGAGUGAGAAUGCCGUGAACGGAGAGCACCUGUGGCUGGAGACCAACGUCUCAGGAGACUUAUGCUACCUGGGAGAAGAGAACUGCCAAGUCAGAUUUGCAAAAUCGGCCCUGAGGAGGAAGUGUGCGGUCUGUAAAAUCGUCGUCCACGCUGCCUGCAUUGAACAGCUAGAGAAGAUUAAUUUCAGAUGUAAGCCAACAUUUCGAGAAGGGGGCUCAAGAUCACCAAGAGAAAACUUUGUGCGUCAUCACUGGGUGCACAGGCGUCGGCAGGAGGGAAAAUGUAAGCAGUGUGGUAAGGGCUUCCAGCAAAAAUUCUCCUUCCACAGUAAAGAGAUUGUGGCUAUCAGCUGUUCCUGGUGCAAGCAGGCGUUUCACAAUAAGGUGACCUGCUUCAUGCUGCAUCACAUUGAGGAACCCUGCUCCCUGGGGGCUCAUGCUGCUGUUAUCGUCCCGCCCACCUGGAUCAUUAAGGUCAAGAAGCCUCAGAACUCAUUGAAGGCUUCAAAUCGGAAGAAGAAGAGAACAAGCUUUAAAAGAAAAGCCAGUAAAAGAGGAACUGAACAGGAAAACAAAGGUCGUCCUUUUGUGAUAAAACCUAUCUCUUCUCCUCUCAUGAAACCCUUGCUUGUGUUUGUGAACCCCAAGAGUGGAGGCAACCAGGGAACCAAAGUCCUGCAGAUGUUCAUGUGGUACCUGAAUCCUCGGCAGGUCUUUGAUCUUUCUCAGGAAGGGCCAAAAGAUGCGCUUGAGUUAUAUAGGAAAGUACCAAAUCUGCGAAUUCUGGCCUGUGGAGGGGAUGGAACGGUGGGCUGGAUCCUUUCUAUUCUGGAUGAACUACAGCUGAGCCCUCAGCCUCCCGUUGGGGUCCUUCCUCUGGGGACUGGGAAUGACCUGGCUCGAACUCUCAACUGGGGAGGGGGCUACACUGAUGAACCUGUCUCUAAGAUCCUUUGCCAAGUAGAAGAUGGGACAAUCGUACAGCUAGAUCGUUGGAACCUCCAUGUGGAAAGAAACCCAGACUUGCCUCCAGAAGAACUUGAAGAUGGCGUAUGUAAGCUCCCUCUGAAUGUUUUCAAUAAUUACUUCAGCCUUGGAUUUGAUGCCCACGUCACACUGGAGUUCCAUGAAUCCAGAGAAGCAAAUCCAGAGAAAUUCAACAGUCGUUUUCGAAAUAAAAUGUUCUAUGCAGGGGCAGCUUUUUCUGAUUUCCUACAGAGAAGUUCUAGAGAUCUAUCCAAACAUGUUAAAGUUGUUUGUGAUGGAACAGAUCUCACUCCAAAGAUUCAGGAACUGAAGUUCCAGUGUAUAGUAUUUUUAAAUAUACCCAGAUAUUGUGCUGGCACAAUGCCCUGGGGGAACCCAGGAGAUCACCAUGAUUUUGAACCUCAGCGUCAUGAUGAUGGUUAUAUUGAAGUCAUUGGGUUCACUAUGGCCUCUUUGGCUGCCCUGCAAGUUGGGGGCCAUGGGGAAAGGCUACACCAGUGUCGGGAGGUCAUGCUGCUCACUUACAAAUCCAUCCCCAUGCAAGUGGAUGGGGAGCCCUGUAGGUUGGCCCCAGCUAUGAUUCGAAUCUCCUUGAGGAAUCAAGCCAACAUGGUACAGAAGAGCAAGAGGAGAACAUCCAUGCCUUUACUCAAUGAUCCCCAAUCUGUCCCAGACCGCCUGAGGAUCCGGGUGAACAAAAUCAGUUUACAAGACUAUGAAGGAUUCCACUAUGACAAAGAGAAACUUCGGGAAGCUUCUAUCCCUCUGGGUAUUCUAGUUGUGCGUGGAGACUGUGAUUUGGAGACUUGCCGUAUGUACAUAGAUCGCCUACAGGAGGACCUGCAGUCAGUUUCUUCUGGCUCCCAGAGAGUUCAUUACCAGGACCAUGAAACCUCCUUCCCCAGGGCGCUCUCGGCUCAGAGACUCUCCCCACGGUGGUGCUUUCUAGAUGCAACUUCUGCUGAUCGCUUUUACCGAAUAGACAGAUCUCAGGAACAUUUGCACUUUGUGAUGGAGAUUUCCCAAGAUGAGAUUUUUAUUCUGGACCCAGAUAUGGUGUUGUCACAGCAGGCAGGGACACCUCCAGGAAUGCCUGACCUGGUGGUGGAGCAAGCCUCAGGGCUGUCAGAAUGGUGGAAUCCUGCCCUACGGAAGCGCAUCCUGAGCGACAGUGGUCUGGGAACGAUUACUCCGCAUUAUGAGGACUCCGAUUUGAGGGAUCUCAGCCACUCACGUGUGCUACAGUCACCAGUCUCUUCAGAAGAUCACGCAAUUUUGCAGGCAGUAAUAGCUGGUGAUCUUAUGAAGCUAAUGGAAAGCUAUAAAAAUGGAGGCAGUCUGCUGAUCCAGGGGCCGGACCACUGCUCCCUCCUUCACCACGCAGCUAAAACUGGCCACGGGGAGAUCGUAAAAUAUAUUCUGGACCACGGACCUUCUGAGUUAUUGGAUAUGGCAGACAGUGAAACGGGUGAGACCGCACUGCACAAGGCUGCCUGCCAGCGGAACCGGGCUGUGUGCCAGCUUCUGGUGGAUGCGGGAGCAUCUCUGAGAAAGACGGACUCCAAGGGUAAGACCCCUCAAGACAGAGCACAGCAAGCUGGAGACCCAGAUUUGGCUGCUUACCUAGAAAGCUGCCAGAACUAUAAGAUCAUUGGCCAUGAGGACCUGGAAACUGCUGUUUGACCCUGGUAGAUCACAAAGAGAACCUGCGCAAGUGUAUCACCUGUGCCCUCCCGGCGAUUGGGCAGCUCCCCUGGAAGAAGCUGAUGGAAUCCAUAAAUCUGUCUCUCUCUGCAAGAAUCUGAUACCAUGCCACCAGUUGUUAAGGGCUACCAAGAUGUACAACAGAACAUGGUAGCCUACUGAGGAAGGGGCAGGAUACCUGGAGAUUUGUGGAAUACCCAAUUCCACAAAAUUUGAUCCUCAUUGCUUCCAGCAAGUAGCAUGAACUUCUGUGUUCACCUGUAUAAUUUAUUUUCAAGAUUCAAAGGAUGUUCGUAUAAAUGGCACCGCUCCCUCCUCCCCCAAUGCAUUUCCUGAGUCCUCUGUACCACACAAUUCUACUGUAACUACCCAUCAUUCAAAAAAUAUGAUCUGCUUUCUUUAUGUUCAGUCUUUGAAGAUCACAAGACUGUCAGAAAGUCUAUGAAAACCCUCUGGAUGUCCUGCAGAAACACAACUGUAAAGCUGCUUCCAUUUCCAAGACAAAAUAUACCAAGAUGAUUAGUGACCUUUUGCAUGUUUCCCCUCCCUCUCCAAUCCCUUGUCAUUAUGUAGGAGCUGGGACGUGCCACAUGGAUGAUGUCAAUUUGUGCGCUAUAUAUCUGAGGUUUGGUAAGGUGGCAUGGGAGGGCAUUCAGGGGCCGGCCCUGGCCGCGGGGCUGUUGCUGAUAGCCAUGAAAGACUGGUUCAGCUUGGGCUGUUUGCACAGCCCCAUACUGCCUACGUGUAGCCAUCUUUGCCUUUUGCUGCAAUAGAGACGAGCAAAGGGUUCAACAAAGGCCCACGGCCAGUUUGCAGAACCACUGGAUUUUAAGUGCAGUUGAAGUUGCUGAGCAGAAAACCAUGUGUGGGGACUGCGAUUACAGGAAAUGGAGCACUGUGACAGCCUCUACUUCUAGACUUUCUUGAGUGAUAAUAGAAAGCAGGCUAAUUGACUUGAAAUAAAACAGCCAAUGCAAAAGUAGCAGCAUCUGUCAAAAUAACUCACUUACGCAAGAAAACAGUCACU